UUGCCUGAAUCAAAUCCGAGCCAGCUCAAUGCCACCCGGCACAGGAAUGCUUUGGUAAUGCAAGUCAUCAAGGAGUCAGCAGACAGUGAGAAGAAUAUAGCUCGGGAGAUGGAUUGGAACAAACCUUCCAGGUCAGAUUCCUGAAUUAAGGAAAUUUCCUGGAGAUGGACACAAGAUUCCUAAGAUGGCUUGAAUGAUUGAUGAUCAGACCUUGGGGAAAUAAAGGAGUCAUGGAACCCGAAAUUAGAACCAAUUCCCUCACCAGCCUAUGGCAACCCCUACCCUUGUACUGUCAACAAUACAAGAAACUCUUCACACAUCAAAACCAAUCUUCUAGCAUAAAAGAAAGUCCAUCAUUGGAUAAGUAAAUAUUAGAAAUUUCUCUGUAUUUAACUAAAGCUUUGGUGAAUGGUUUCAUACAAUCUUGCUACCUGCCUUAAAUCUGAACAAUGUAGUAGGGAUGACAGAUUCCUAUGUCUUAAUCAUAUUCUGAUGUCCAGCCCACUUUGACCCAUUUUGUUAGGUCCAUGCCCCUCCCACGUGGCACUGUCUCACCUGUUCCCCUCCAUAAUUGGUACUAUCCCAUCUAUCUUUCCCUGCCCCCAAAAAGGUAGAAUUAUCUCACUUGUUCACCCAUGCAGCAACUACUUGUCUCACCUGUUUGCUUUCUCCACCUCUGGUAUAGCACCAUCUCAUUUGUUCACAUCAACAUCGUGUUACCAGGCAGCAAAGUCUUGCCUUCCUUAAGACCAUAAGACAUAAGAGCAGAAUAUAGGCCCAUCACAUCUGCUCCAACAUUCAAUCAUGGCUGUGUGUCACUCAUCCCAUUCUUGUACAGUUAGUGGUCAUCCAGUGAUGACUUUGGCUUCUCUCCUGGUCAGUGGUCACUAAGUGAUGUCACAGAGUUUGCUGUUCUGUCACGUGGUAACAGGGAUGUUCCAGAACUGUUCAUAUGAGUGCUGUUGUGGGCAGCCUUGGGGAAGAGCUUUUCCUACUUCUUUAUGAGGGAUGAAUGUCUUCCAGCUAUGAAAAUGCAAGUGGAGGAGGUCUCAGAGUACCCAAAUCUUCACCCCCACGAUUUGUUGUUGUUUGUGUUUGCCAUUAUGACCUGUCUCCUCAUCAUACAAGCACUGCCAAGUAUCACUAUGAAGAGGAAACAACAAAGAGAGAAAGUUGAUCACAAGAGGGUCCAUUUUGUCCCAUCUCAAUCCAGAUACACCACUUCUAGUUUGAACAAAUCUGUUUGGUUUUCAGCAUUUUCCCAUUCUCAGGCCAGGGCCUGUGACCAUCUCUUUACCAGGAGUCAAACGUUAAUCAAGGGACAACUAACAACACUUUCAGUCCUCUUACUCCCACGUCUCUCGCUGCCUUCUCUGUUUCCCAUCCAGAUGACAGCUGCCACUGAGUACCUAUUCCCUCAAACAGAGACCCAGCCUAAAGAUAAAUCGCUUUCCAGCUUAAAUACCCAGGGAGACAGUGCACAGUGCUCCUUCAUUGUGCCUUCAGGUUCCUGCUCUAUCCUCCCCCGCAAUGGGUCUCUAGCUUCAGUCUCCCUCGAUGUCCAACCCUCCAUUCCUCUGCCCAACGUGAACUUAAGCCUUGAUUGCCAAGUUGAUCAGAGGCUGAAAUCUCCCUGUGUCUCCGCAGAAAGAAGAGUGUCUAGAGAGUCUAACACGAACUAUAAUGGAUAUCCAGAGAAAUGUAGUGUUCCUCAUUGUCUGAUAAGCCCUCACACACCCCAGUCUGUAAUGGAGCCCAGGUUGAAUCCAGGUUUUUCAUCUGUGUCUGAUUCUAAUUCUUUGGGUGCAUGCCUAGUAAACUAUACCAUUGAAGAAAAUAAAACUUUGUCAUCACCUCCCCAUUUAACCCAGGCACUCGGGAUGUGGGCUCCAGUUGUUAGGGAAAGUCAACCUUUCCACCAGACCUCAAAUUUCUGGAGUUGUCUGCAAGACAAACCACCAAAACCAAACUCAAGCCUGAAAGGCUUAACUGGUCAGAAUGGUGAGGUUCGACUCACAACUCCUCAGCCGGAAGUUACCACUGCUUGGUUAGUUGGUCAGCCAAAGAGUUCAAUUGGAGAAUACUCUGUAUGGUUGAGGAUAACAACAAGAAUAAGUGAACAGAAUAGAUGGCAUCCCAAGACAGUGGAAAAUGAUAACUCCUGCCUUAUUUCACAUCUCACUGGCCUACUGAGACCUGAAUUCAAUACAAACAAAAAUCAUUCUGUAAACCAGACCUCAAGCCUAACAUCAGUCCCUAGACACUGUCAAAAUGCAAGAGUGCUGUCAGCACCAUCUCUGUCUGCCUCAAACUUAGAGUGGAAAUCAGAACCACCUUUUGGAACUCCAAACCACAUGAGAUCAACAAAGUGUGAUGACUUUGUUGAGAUACCACUUGAUGAAAUAUUCCCUCCCAAUCCGAAAACGAUUCCUGAAAAGAAGGCGUGGUCAGGAUUCUCAGAGCCAAUGUUGGAACUCUGGACCAAGAUUUUGCCAUCAAUCUUUGAUUGUUUCCAUGUCCCAGUAAUGGACAAACUCCGAGCUCCUGUCAAGAAGAACCUGACAACAGCCUCUAGUCACACUCUGAACGUCAAAGUUGAAUCAGAAACCCCAGGCACGGGGACUGGAUUGGAUACUGGACAUGUUUGGGGGAAGAUUCUGAAGGUUUCUAGAUCCAGCCAUGAGCCAUUACCUUGGGGAAAAGCUGUUGCUGAUCUACUCAUCAAGAAAUGUUUAAACCAACUGAGAUUCUUAAAGAUGACCAGUCCACUUCUAUCAGAAGAACAGAGUGGGAUGGCCAGCUACCAACUGUGAAGACAUCAAUGACCUGUAAAGACCAAUACAGAGCAAAAGGCACAAUUUCUGUCAACAAGGACCUGUUAAUGUCCAUUCCUGGACGAUUUAACAGACCAGAGCAGUUAUUUAAGCCUUUCAUAGCCAAUCUUCCCUUCCCUGAGUAGUAAUUCAGUCUAAUUUGAAAUGAGACCCUUCCAUUGGCCCUCUCACCUGACCCAGUGGAGUCUCAGCUUCAACAUCAGAGCUUCAACAUCAGAGCUCCAGCACCAAGCAUGAGGAGGAACUGCAAUUGACUGGAUCCUGAAUGUAUCCCAGAGCAAGUUUAUUUUCCAGGCUUCUUCAAAAUAGUCUUUGACUUUUGUAGAUUUUCCCACCUCCUCCACCGCUGUAAAACAACCCAUUUCAUUGGAAAUUUCAGAGAAAUAAUAAACAAUGUUCGUUGUGAAUAUGUUUGACAUCGUAGAUGGGGGGAGUUUCUAGUGAUGAAUUAAGACAACAAAAGUAGCCAACUGCAGUCAAGUUGAUUGUCAUGCUGACUUUCUGCAUGCAUACUCAGUAUAAAUGCGUUGGGCUUCAGAACGUGAAAAUCAGCAUGUCACUGUCCAAUUCUUUAAAUUUCUGAAACUGUACAAUAUUUCUUUUUUGUAGUGGUGGGGGGUGGGGCUUCACAUUGCCAGAUUCUCAAUGGGCUUUGACUUUUGAAUGCUUCCUUGGGAUGCAAAUGUAGCUGCUUUGGCCAACAUUUAUUGUCCAACCCUAAUUGCCCCUUGAGAAGAGGGGUGGUCAGCAACUUUCAUGAAUGACUGUAGUUCAUCCGGCGUAGGUCCAUACACAAUGCUGACAGAAAGGAUCCCCAAGUAGGCAAUGAGUCCUUAACCAGUUUUACAUUUUGAAACUAGUCCUCAUUUUGUUCAGAAAAGCUGCUAUGCUCCAGGGCUGGAGAAUCAGGCACCCCAGGCAAACUUGAGCCUCAUGCUCCCUGCCAACAAAAAGCUUUUGAAAUCAAGUCUGCAUUACAAUGAAAAAAAUCUAAUCUGCAAUUAUAAUUGGAGAUUAUGAUUGACAAGAUGGGACACAAAGUGUUCCUGCAACAAUUACUGAGGGAAUCUGUGCACAAUUAUGCCCACACAAUGGGUUAAAUUAUGUUUUUUUUAAUAUUAGGCACUGGUUUGCAGUUUCCGAGUAGUCAUGUAGGUGAUUUACAGAUUUGUAAAACUCUCAUAGACAGAAUGAGGAAUACAGUAAGACAUUUUGGGAAAGACUACAAAAUAAAGACUACAUGAUCUGU